AUGGAAAAUGAACUAGAAAAUAUACUUAAAACCGGCAUAACAAAAUUGAAUAUAUGCAUAAAUGAAGGCUGUAUUAAUAAUAGUUCCGUUUAUCAAACAGAAGCGAAUAAAUUAUUAUUUGUUAAAGACAACUCAAAACCAGGGUCCGAUAAGAUGUUCAAUGGUGAAUUAGAAGGCCUUAAAGCAAUAUGUAGUACAAAUACAAUUUCGGCUCCUUAUCCAAUUGCUUCUGGUUGCACCAAUAGUGGUCAACAUUUUAUUGUGAUGGACUAUUGGAAAAUGAGUUCUUUAAAUAAGAAAUGUUCAUCAGAAUUAGGUAGUCAAUUAGCAGAUAUGCAUAUGUUUAACCUACAAGAGACCCAACCACGUAUAAACAAAUUUGGAUUUCAUGUUGAAACGUGUUGUGGAUUUAUACCUCAAAAUAAUACAUGGACUGAUGAUUGGAUUACAUUCUAUACAGAAAAUCGUUUGGAGUAUCAAAUACAAUUGCUGCAAUCAAAUCCUGGAAACAAUUUGAAAAAAAAAAAAAUAAUUGAAAAUUAUUGGCCUCAACUGAAACAUAUAAUUCCAAAAUUCUUUGAGGGGAUAGAAGUUAAGCCAUCGUUACUUCACGGAGACUUGUGGCCAGGAAAUACUGCUCAAUCAAAUUCAAAACCAGUGAUUUUUGAUCCAGCUGCAUUUUAUGGGCAUCAUGAAUAUGAUAUUGCUUCUAUUUCACUAUUUGGAGGUAUUUCUAUAGAGUUUUUUGAAGCAUAUUUUAAAAAAAUUCCAAAAUCUAAUGGAUUUGAAAAUAGAAAGUUAUUAUAUCAUUUGUUUCAUUAUUUAAAUCAUUGGAAUCAUUUUGGAGGAAGUUACGUUGACUUAACAAUAAACACCUUUGAAUCAUUGCUCAAUGCUUAUUAA